ACCCCCCUAAUUCCCGGCUGCUAGCUCACCCAAGCACUCCACCUUAAUUGGACCUCGUUCGAGGGGGCGAGCGGGCGGCGCGUGAUGAGCCGGGGAGCCGCGGCGCCGCAGUGGCCGGGCGCGGUGCCGGGAGCGGCCACUGCCGCCGUUGUGACCGCCGCGCUCGCGGGCGUUUAGCGCCGGCCAGGGAGGGGGGGGGGGAUGCCGGACAUGGCAGACCGUGUCACCGACACGCGGGCGCUGCCGAGCAGCAGGGCUUCCUCCUUCAGCAUCGCCCGCCUCCUGCCGGACGCCGAGGCGAGUCGCCCGGCCAGCCGAGGAUCUCCCGACCCGGACUCACUAUCGUGCCCGACCGAGCCAGAGUCGCCCGUCAUCACCACGACGACCGCGACCAUCUUCAACAACAACAACAACAACCGCGGCAGUGUCAACAACCACGCCGCCAACACCACCGUUAGCAGCAGCAGCAGCAGCGGCGGCGGCAGCAGCGAGGAGGAGGAGAAGACGGACGACGCGGAGCCAGCGGGCUGCGCUGACGACAAAGAGAAGGGAGCGGGAAGCAAGGCAAGCGACGGCGGCGGAGAGUCAAAGGAGGACGGGGACGGCGCGAAGGGUGGUGACAAGCCACCCUUCAGCUACAACGCGCUCAUCAUGAUGGCCAUCCGCCAGAGCCCCGAGAAGCGACUCACGCUGAGCGGCAUCUACGAGUACAUCAUGCACAACUUCCCCUACUACCGGCAGAACAAGCAGGGCUGGCAGAACUCCAUCCGGCACAACCUGAGCCUCAACAAGUGCUUCGUGAAGGUGCCGCGCCACUACGAUGACCCGGGCAAGGGCAACUACUGGAUGCUCGACCCGUCCAGCGACGACGUCUUCAUCGGCGGGCGCACGGGCAAACUCCGCCGGCGCUCCGCGGCGUCUCCGCGCGGCAAGCUGCAGCUCGCCUGCCGACGCAACCCUUACCUGGCCACGGCGGGGCUGGCCCUGAGAGCCCCUCCGCGCUUCUCGGCGCACGACUUAGCGCUCAUGGACCGCGCGGGAUCGCUUUACUGGUCCGUGUCGCCGCUGCUGCCUCUGCAUUCUCAUUUCGCCGGCUCUAUGCUCGGCUACGGAGGUGCAAGUGGCGGCGGUGGUGGUGGUGCCGGUGGUGGUGGUGGUGGAUGCCCGGGAUAUCCCGCGAGUAACCACGCAGCAGGGCCGUACAGCCCGCUGCAGUUGGUGCAACCUCAGAGCUGCGCUGACGCGGCCGGCCAGCCCUUCAACUUGUCCGCGGCGAGCGCACAGGGUCUCUGCCUCGGACGUUUGGGUGGCGGCCAUCAGGAGCUCGUCGAGCACUUGGGCUUGCAGUCAUUCAUGCAGCAGCAGCAGCACCACCACGGCUCAGCUGCAGCAGCGGCGGCGGCGGCGGCGGCAGCGGCCGUUGCCGCUUGCGGCUCGACCCCGGUCGUGCCUUGCGGUGGGACGCCGGGCAGCUGCUCCCUGCACAGCACCGGGGCGAACGGGACAGCGGCUUCCCCCGGUUUCAUCCACGUGGGCCCGGGCACCGGCUACCGCCUGGCCGGGCACCUGGGGCUCGGCAGUUCGGCUCUGCAGCAAGGCUUAGCUGCCCACCACCAGCAUCACCACUCGACCGUCGCGGGGCACAGGCAGUCGCACUCGCCGUCACUCAUGGGCUUCCCUGGUGCCGGCCUGCAGUCGGCUUAUUUCGGACACUGAGGAAGAUAUCCCAGCGCGUAAGUCAGACUCUUGCGUAAAAAUCAACAGACAUCCCACGUACUGUAUUUUUUACAAAUAUGCAAAAAAAUAUAUAACAACGCAGAUUUGAAGCGCGGGUUCACUGACGCGGUCAUUGAAUGUUGCUCUUGAGUGGUCUCGGAAUAGAAGCGCCGCUCGCUUCGGGCAGUGCACGGGGGUGUGAGACAGUAACAACACAUUUGACGAGUUGUCGCGCCCUGUGCUCACUUGCGCCAGUCCUUUGCAGCAUUUAUCAGGCCAGGACUAAAACUGGUCAGGUUUUUAUAUUAUUAAUAUCAUAUGAAACAUAAGCCCUUUAUAAAUUAAUUGCUGGAUGAAGGCCUCCCUCCCUAAGGCACGGGGGCUGUUUGGCCAUACUCUACCACACUGGUCAGCACGGGUUCGUGCAGGUGGAGGAUGGGGGGUACGAACACCAGUUCUUAUAUCUCCGCUAACGUUAACCGUGAUCGGGAAUCCAAAUCAGAUCGCCCGAACUUCGAAGCCUAAUGUCCGAAUCAAUUACUGGCCUGUCGCAUCGCAACCCUCUAAGGGUUUUAAUUGUGAUUUUAAUUGUGAUAUAACCCCAUCUCCACCCCCCAUGGAUCGUCCCGAAGUCGGCGCUGCUGUUUCUCCAGACCGUUCGUAAUCAGCGACUAAUGAUCGCAUAUAAAUAUGUACCUAUGUAAUGUAUGAUGUGCUGCAGAAUAAUGCGGUUAUCGACACUGCAGACUCUACACAAAGCCACACGUUCACGAGUCGCUUGCACUCAUGCAUGGGACGUGGUGGUGGUGAUGAUGAUGAUUAUUACUGUUACAAUCGUUGUUAUCGUUGUUGUUAUUUUGUUGUUGUUGAAACUUUCAAGAGUGAUUGGCACGUUUUCUUUUUUUUUCUGCUGUCCGUCGAUUUUAUACCACCAAGUCACGGCAAGAUAUUAUGUAGCGUAAAUAAGCAUGUAUAUAUAUAUAACAACGCUAAUGUGCAAUGUUUUUUUUUGGGUUGUUGUUGCUGCAAAAUAAAUUCAUAUAUUAAACAGAAACAACAAAACACCACCAAGGCGGCUACCACGUUAUGUCGUUUCCCAUACCGAUAUGUUCGCUGAACUUAAAAUUAAUUCAUUGUUAAUGCACGGUGCGUAAAAUCAUUCUAAGUACGCAGUGGCGUAAGCAUAAUUCACACACAGUUCUUGGAAUAGCAACUUCCGUUGGUUUCCAUACGAACAGAGAGCAGUGACAUAUUUAAGUGCAGGACUUGCUAUAUCCAAUACACACAGACAUAUAUGUAAGAUGACAUGUUUUCCCUGCAGUAUUAAAAUGCCUUUCUCGGGUUAAAACAGUGUUCAACUCGCCUAUACUUCCCUGCAGGUUGCGUUCACGAGUGCGUGUGGAUUAACACGCAGGGCAUCUUUCUAAGAUGUGUUUUUAAACAAAAAUAAAGAAACAUGGAUCCAUGCACACACGUUUCAAACUCACUGAUUAUCUCGUUCUCAUGUUAUAUGUAGGCAUGUGUGUAUGUAUAUGUGUGCGCACAUGUUAAUGCGCUAAAAGUGCACGGCCCUAUUUGUCAAUUCACUGCUGGAUGAAUGUGGAGGCUUUCCACGCGCCGGGUCGGUCUUUAGGCGGGGUA